AUGCGCCAUUGGGCGCGCGCUCGCGGGACCUGAGUUCAGAUUGGCCCCGCGAUAACUCCUCCUCCUCUCCCUCCUUCGGGCCGGUCUUCCUUGGGUGCCGCUUCCGGGAUGCUCACGCCGGUUCCGGAGUGACCGGUGCCUGCUUUCUGUCUCCCUCGCCCACGCUCCUGGCCCCUCAGACGCCAUUUACAGGCGGGUGGCUACUGUUGGAACCACCCCUCCCACCCCCGUCACGGAGAGGGCGCGCCGCGUGCUGCGAGCCAAUCAGCAGCCGCCUUAGGCGACCAUGUCUGAGUCUGGGCACAGUCAGCCUGGGCCCUAUGGUAUAGAGAGGCGGCGACGGUGGAAGGAGCCUGGCCCCGGCGGCCCCCAGAAUCUCUCUGGGCCUGGUGGUCGGGAGAGGGAUUACAUUGCACCAUGGGAAAGAGAGAGACGGGAUGGCAGUGAAGAGACAAGUGCCUCCAUCAUGCAGAAAACCCCCAUCAUCCUCUCCAAACCUCCAGCAGAGCGGUCAAAGCAGCCACCACCUCCAGCAGCCCCUGCUGCCCCACCUGCCCCAACCCCUCUUGAGAAGCCCAUCGUCCUCAUGAAACCACGGGAGGAGGGCAAAGGGCCUGCGGCUGCAACCAAUGCCUCAGCCCCUGAGGGCACCACCCCACCACCCCCUGCAGCCCCCGUGCUACCCAAGGGGGAGAAGGAGGGGCAGAGACCCACACAGCCUGUGUACCAGAUCCAGAACCGGGGCAUGGGCACGGCCGCGCCAGCAGUUAUGGACCCUGUCGUGGGCCAGGCCAAACUGCUGCCUCCAGAGCGCAUGAAGCACAGCAUCAAGUUGGUGGAUGACCAGAUGAAUUGGUGCGACAGUGCCAUUGAGUACCUGCUGGAUCAGACUGAUGUGUUGGUGGUUGGUGUCCUGGGCCUCCAGGGGACAGGCAAGUCCAUGGUCAUGUCGUUGUUGUCAGCCAACACUCCUGAGGAGGACCAGAGGGCGUAUGUUUUCCGGGCCCAGAGCGCUGAAAUGAAGGAACGAGGGGGCAACCAGACCAGUGGAAUCGACUUCUUUAUUACCCAAGAGCGGAUUGUUUUCCUGGACACUCAGCCCAUCCUGAGCCCCUCCAUCUUGGACCAUCUCAUCAACAACGACCGCAAGCUGCCUCCAGAGUACAAUCUGCCCCACACUUAUGUUGAGAUGCAGUCACUCCAGAUUGCCGCCUUCCUUUUCACGGUCUGCCACGUGGUGAUUGUCGUCCAGGACUGGUUCACGGACCUCAGUCUAUACAGGUUCCUCCAGACAGCGGAGAUGGUGAAGCCCUCCACGCCGUCCCCCAGCCACGAGUCCAGCAGCUCAUCAGGCUCUGAUGAAGGCACUGAGUACUACCCUCAUCUGGUGUUCCUACAGAACAAAGCUCGCCGAGAGGACUUCUGUCCUCGAAAGCUGCGGCAGAUGCACCUGAUGAUCGACCAGCUCAUGGCUCACUCCCACUUGCGCUACAAGGCAUGGGACCUGCAGGCUCACAAGUUCUCUCCUCCAGGUACUCUGUCCAUGUUACAGUGCAACGUCUUCCCUGGGCUCCCCCCUGACUUCCUGGACUCUGAGGUCAACUUGUUCCUGAUGCCCUUUAUGGACAGCGAAGCGGAGAGUGAAAACCCACCAAGAGCAGCAGGACCCAGCUCCAGCCCACUCUUCUCCCUACUCCCGGGGUACCGUGGCCACCCCAGCUUCCAGUCCUUGGUGAGCAAACUCCGGAGCCAAGUGAUGUCCAUGGCCCGGCCGCAGCUGUCGCACACAAUCCUCACCGAGAAGAACUGGUUCCACUAUGCUGCCCGGAUCUGGGACGGGGUGAAGAAGUCCUCUGCCCUGGCAGAGUACAGCCGUCUGCUGGCCUGAGACCGAGGGGAGCGGUGUCAUGCAGGAGCCCCUUUCUGGGCCCCAGUGGAUGGCAACGGAGCAUGUACGUCCUCGACCCUCUGGCAAGGUGGAGAGGGCCGGUAGGCCUGAUGGAUGAGGAACCGUGACUUCCUCUCCUGGAGACGUGAGGUGUUCAGGGCCAGGCCCCUUGCCCUCAGUGGAGCAUUGUUCAGGGGUGACUGAGAUCCUACCCGCAACCUGGGACGGGGCAGCCCAUCCUUAGGCCCCACAGGGGUAGGUGGGGGGAGGAGGCUGAAUGGUCAUCAAGAAGCAUGGGCUCCAUCUUGCCCCUCUGCAGGGACAGGAGCAACAGGUCCCUCUUCCCUGACUCCCAGCCCUUUCCUGUAAGGUGAGGCCCAGUCUUGGGAGCUCUUUAUGGGAGCAGAUCUGGUGGUGCGAAUAAAAGCAGUCAUGCAAGCUUA